CACAUCUGACUCAAAAUGGUCGCCGGAGCGUAUGCAACGAACCCCAGAAGGCAGAAAACGUACAAAAAUGGCUACUCUGCCAAAGCUAAUGGAUUUGCAGCUCACGAGCAGGCGAAACUUAAAGAGUUUAAAGAGUCUUUUACCGAGGAUUUCGAGGAUACACCGUUUCAAGUCGCUGUUUUAACGUAUCUAUCUUACUUCUUUUUGAUUCUGUUCGGCUACUUACGUGACUUCAUGCGAAAAUAUGGUUUGGAAAAGUCGAAAGCACCGAAAGAGAGCGGAAAUGAGGUGAGAAUGUGAUCUAAAAGUGCUUUUACUUACAAAGAAAUAUUCAUAGCUUCCUGAAAUCAUUACGGAUUUCAAGAUCAGGCACAGUUCUCUGAUGUCAGCUGUUGCUGUACAAUCACGAAUCGCUACACCACAAUUUGAGGGCGUCGACCGAAAUUAUUUUUAGUCAAAAACUUCCUUUCAUCAAGCUUCGAUUCUGUAACUAUACUUCCCAUAAAGAAAAUUCGUCGAGGGAGGAAUUAUUUUUUCUUGGAAUGUGAAUUUAAUGCCCGAGUUAUUCACAAAAUAUUCGUUCUCGUUCUUCGAUCGAUGCAGCGCGCUUCGUUUCGCAAUGUUUUGACGGUGAGACGCAUGGGCAAAUGGACUGAUGUUGUCAUUGAACAAGAAUGUAGAGGCCUGUGGUCAUUCAUAAAUUUAAAAUAACGCAAUGUGACAACAUCUAGAUGUUACAUAUUUCCCUGGCAGUAUAAUGUAUCCGCUUAAAACCCGUACAAUUAUGAUGUAAAUGCAUGCUAUUGCAUAACUUAACACCUUGGAAAGAUCACCAUACCAAGAUAAAAUGUGUCACUCAGGAAAAUUAGCUCUCCUUUUUUUUCGAUGAAAACAGUUACGUUAACCCCUAAUCCACCAAGAGGUCUUUGAAAAAUUUCCUCUUUAGUUGUCUUGUGUUCAUUCCUUGUCUUCUCGUUUUCAUCCUCUGUUUGUUGGAUAUAAAUUUGCUGUUAGGAAAUUUCUAGAGGUCACAUGCUAAUCACCUCAAUAAGCCAAAGAGCUAAGGUUUGAAAAUAAGGUCGUAUUUUCAUGAGGCCACAUUUAUCUAUAAUUUUAGGCUAAAACCUGAUGUUUACAAAAUUGAUAAAGAGGGUAAUUUUGUAAAGAAACUACAUGUACAUGGGGUGGGGUGUAAUUAGAUAAUUUGGUUUUGUCAGCUGACUUAAUAAUAUGAAUUGGCCUUGUCAAAAUUUUUUUAAAGCUGACGUUUUGUGUGUUAGUCUUUUGUCAGAGUGAAUUAGGUAUUUCACGCAAGGCAUUUUACACUGAGGUUUUGAAUGUUAGCUUUUCAUCAGAGAAAUUAGGGGCUUAUUUCAAUCCAAUGCUGAUAAACCAAAAUCAUAGUAAUCACAAUUGCAAGUCUUAGCAAAGGGAGCAAGGGUCCAAUGAGAAUUCAGAGUGAAAGCAAGCUUACUUCUAAUAGCAUGGGAAACUGUGACCAACCAAGUCAUGGUUGGCCAAUCAAGUGGUGAAAUAAAGCAGAACCAAAUAAAUCUUGGAAUGCAUACAACACUCAAUUUAAAAUUGCUCUAAAAAGGAGUGUUUAAAUCAGGUUAUUUUUUACUCUUUUUAUUGUUCUUGGUAUCCUGAUAUUUUAUUUUUUUUUUUAGCAUGCUUUAUUCAUUAGUACCUUGUUCUACUGCACUUGCCCUUCCUUAUACUCAGAACAAUUUAACCCUUUAACUCCCAAGACCUGAUUGUUAAUUCUCCCCUCUAACUGGCAGACAAGUCCUUCAGAAUCAAACAACAACUUCUUCCUGAUUUAAUUCUCAUUACCUGGUGGCUGGAUAAUUACAGAUAUUAUAGGGGAAAUCCCAAGUUAAUCUCAUUAGUAAUAAUCUCAUUAGUAAUAACUGUGUAUAUACAAUUCCUAUGAUGUUAAUUCAGAGAUAAUGUUAUUAUAUCAAACAGUAAUCCCAUAAAUUUAUUUUUUUUAAAACUGUUAUUACUGGUUGUUAUUGUAUUGAUUGUAACUAAAGAAGAAAAUGCUCUUGGUUACUCCUGGGUGUUAACCCUUUAACUCCCAGAUCAAAUUUGUAAUUCUCCUUACUGUCAACCAUACAAUUCUUAUAAUGUUAGUUCAGAGAAUUAAGUAUUGGAUCAACUAAUUAUCCCAAAUUGAUAUUUUUCUUUAUUCUCAUCACUUACCUGGUUGAUAUUGUAUUGAUAAUGUAAGGAGAAAUUCUGUUUUGGUCACUCAUGGGAGUUAAAGGGUUAAAGGAUUUGCAGUCUUAAUAACUUACUGUUAAAAGUCAAGUAGACCUCAUUUUCUCCAAACUACUUAACAAGGCUUAAAGCAAUGUUUAGUAUAAAAGGAAAGGAAAUAACACUUUAAAAGUGUGCCAUGGAAAAGUGGGGUGAAAUGACAAGCAGUUGGCUGGCUAAACUCAAAUUGCUAAACUAAGCUUAAAAAGUAAAUCCUUUUAGCACAUGUAUCAAGCAUGGCCUUGAUUUUCUUGAUAACUAACACUUAUAAUACUGUGUAAAAUACAAUUUGGCUAAGUGCAUUAGAUAUUUGUUUGUCAAUGAAUAAUAUUAUUUUCUCAUUGUUUUUCCUUUUUUUCACCCCUUAAAUAUUCAAUUUAUUUUCAAUACAAUAUCAAGCAGGCAGGUGAUGAGAAUAGAGAAGAAUAUCAAUUAUGGGAUUAUUAGUUGAUCCAAUACUAAAUUCUCUGAACUAACAUCAUAAGAAUUGUAUAGCAGAUAGUAAGGAGAAUUAUCAAUUAGAUCUUGGGAGUGAAAGGAUUAAAUAUUCAAUAUUAUACAGUUCAUGUAACUCCUAUGCCUGUAUGACUCUUUCAAUUGAUUUGUCCACCUGUCAGUGUGUCUUUGUCACAUUUUUACAUGUAGAAGUUCGCAGUUUUGUUUCAGAAACUAAAGGUUACUUGAGUCUCUUCCCUUUUUUUGUUUUGUUUUUCUUCAGGGUUUUGUCCCUCUUUAUGCGGAUUUUGAAAGUUUCUACACAAGGAAUCUUUAUACUCGAAUAAGAGACUGCUGGAACAGACCAAUCUGCAGUGUUCCUGGUGCGGAUAUCGAAAUUCUUGACAGAGUCACUGAUAAUUAUGGGUGGUCUUUCAGGUAUGAUGUACAUACCUAAGUUUUUAAAAAUAGUUUUAAAGCGUUUUUUGCAAGGGACCUUUAAGGUCAUAACUGCUUAAAUUGUAGGUAAUAAUUAUUGAAAUACUUGCAGAUACCUGAGAAGACAGUGUGCCUAAGUUAACAUGCCAAUAAAAAGCAAAAAAAUCAAAAUUAAAUUAAUUUUUAUGUAUGUAAAGAACUGGACAAAAUCUCCAGUUAUCCAAGGAGUUGGGCAGAGCAAAACUUAUAUUUGACUGGACAUUGACUGUUGACUAGCCAUUAUUCUGAGCCUUAAUCUUGCAUUCUCAAGUUAGCAGAGUCAAUUUAGAACAUUACGGUUGGAAUCUAAGUUACAGAACUACUGUAAGGCAGCUUUAAUGAUUACUGCUUUUAUUAAUUACAUACCUGGUGUAUUUUUAAAUUUCUUUUCUUAGAAAAACUGGAGAGACCACAAAAGCACUUAAUCUUGGUUCUUAUAACUACCUUGGCUUUGCGGAAAAUGUGGGUCCAUGUGCCGAGGCUGCUGAGAAAACAGUCCUUAAAUAUGGUCUGGGAGGCUGUAGUCCAAGACAUGAAUAUGGUGAGCUAAACAACAUUUCUGUAGUAAAAAAAUGAUCAGUAGUAGAGCAGAUGCCAACCUUUGGGGUGGGACUAAGACUUUGCAUUACAUGUAGUACAGCGUGGGUGCCACAGGCUAGCAACUUUUGUCUUUGGGAACUGGUAAAACUUUACUUCUGCAGAAGCUUUUUGAGUAGGGUAUCUUGACAUUUUGUAUCAGAGUCCUCAGUAAUUUCUCCAAGAGUGCAAAGUUUGUAAUUGAGCAAAGUGGCCCAUACAGUCAGCACUUAUCUUGGUUUCUGUAGUAUGAAGUGCCUAGGAGAAUUAUUUCUCCCCCCUGGAUGGGGAUGCUAAUCUGCCUUAAGGUUACCCCUAAGCACUUAUCAAACUUCCCAAACACUUUGCCAGUACUCAUUUAUACUCCUGGGCGAAGAGAGGAACUGUGAAAGGAAAGUGUUUUGCCUAAGAGCACAAUAAUGACCCCAGUCAGGUCUUGAACCCAGACCUCUCGAUCUAAAGUCCAGCACAUCAGCCGUUGGGUCAUUGCUUCCCCCAGAUUGCUUUUCCAAGAGUGCAGCUGUGGUAGUGCUGGUCCAGAGCAAGGUUACCCAUUAGGCAGUGUUACUUCAGCUUUCCCUCAUUUUUUUGGAUUUUGUUUCCUUUCCAGGAACUCUUCACAUUCAUGAUGAACUGGAAGCUCUUGUGGCACGGUUUCUUAAUAAGCCUGCAGCGAUAGCUUUUGGAAUGGGUUUUGCUACAAACUCCACCAACAUACCCACUCUUGUAGGGAAAGGCGAUUUGAUUGUCAGUGAUGAGUUGAAUCACUCCUCCCUUGUUCUGGGAGCCAGAUUGUCUGGGGCUAAAAUAAAAGUCUUCAAACAUAAUGGUAAGAAUUGAUGAUGAUUAAUUUAAUUAAAGAAAUCUGGUAAAUACUGCAGGCCAUUUUACAAGGAAUUCAUCAUACUGUUAAUCCAAUGAUUAGGUAUUGUAGUGAGAAUUUUAUUUGAAUUUUAGACAUGAAAAGCCUGGAGAAUAUUCUUCGCGAAUCUGUUGUUCAGGGACAGCCACGCACUCACAGACCUUGGGGAAAAAUUCUCAUCAUUGUUGAAGGAAUCUACAGGUAUGUAUCACAUGAGGUAAAAUGCAAGUUGGACCAAUGCAGACUCAAGGCAAUGCCAGCUGAUUUUGUCAUGUUAAAAUUUAACAUUGGUUGAAUGACCUGGCAGGGUCUGAUGGGGUUUUGCAUCUCCACUGUGUUGACUGAACACUUUUAACCUGAAGAGUGACUAAAAUCUAAGUUCUCCUUACAACAUCACCCCCAAAUCAAACAUCAAGGUCAUGAGAAUAACAGAAAUGAUCAUCAACUUAAGAAGCUAGAAAAUCUUUAGAGAUCAGUAUGGAGAAUAUGCUUGAGUUGAUAACAGGAUUUUAUGUAUACUUAUAAUGGUGUAAAGGGCUAAAAACACUGAUUUUCUCAUGAAUACUGCAAUUUUUUUGUUAAUAUUGGUAGCUCACACCUUCCCAUCAUCUUAAAGAUUACAUUAGGACUUUUCUUUUUUUUACUUUGGUGCUUUGUCUUUGUAUAUUGUUAUGAGAAAAUCAAUGCUUUUUGGUUUUUGAUUAAAGCAUGCAUGUAUUGUGAUUGAAUCAAUAAUACUGUGUAUGGGAUGGUACCAUAAUCUCUAACUCUAGGCCCAGAAAUAUUGCUUGCAAAAAUACAGUGGGACUGUAAAUAUCAGAAUUUUUCCAUAAUUCAUUUCUUACUUCAUACUUACUUUCUAAUGAAUUUUUUUUUAUCUCCAGUAUGGAAGGUUCAAUAGUGAGAUUGCCUGAGGUAGUAGCUCUUAAAAAGAAGUACAAAGCUUACCUUUUCCUUGACGAGGCUCACAGUAUUGGUGCUAUGGGCCCCAAUGGAAGAGGUGUAACAGACUACUUUGGGGUGGACCCUGCUGAUGUUGAUAUCAUGAUGGGAACAUUUACAAAGAGUUUUGGUGCAGCUGGGGGAUACAUUGCUGCAACUGAGGUUAGCAUUGAAAAGUCUGUUCUCUAGCUGAAGGGGGUGCUUGGGAAAAACCCCAACUGAUCUUGUGAUUGAUUACUAGAUUCUCCUGUUAAUUUGUCAGUUAAUUCCUUGUAAAACAGAAGGAGAAGUAGGUGUUGCAUCAAAAGGCACUCGGGGCUUUUUAAUUGCAGUCCUUCAAUUGUGUAUAUCCAUGAAUCAAUUUCCUGUGAUUCAUACUGAGAGAUUAAUUAAUGUGAGACAUCAGAUCACAACCGUUCUUGUUAACAAAUGAUGAUAAAAGUUUGGUUCUGAUCUCUUUAUCUCUCUUAUUGUGCUGCUCAUAUGGUGAACUAAGCUUUAUUUCGCAGGAAAUAAUAAACCAUAUCAGGGGAAGUUCCCACAGUGCUGCAUAUGCUUCUUCCAUGUCACCCCCUGUUGUGAUGCAGAUUAUUGCUUCCAUGAAGAUGAUUAUGGGUGAAGAUGGCACUGACAAAGGUUUAUUUAUCUUAAUAAUUUGACCCUUCAGAAUAACAAGCAUUCACUAAUUUCUCUGUACAAUACCACCCCUGAAUCACAUACUAAGGUCAUGAGAAUAAAGGAAAUGAUCACCAACUAAUGAUACUCUUGAUUGUUAAAUGAAUUCUCCUUGUCAGCACUUUAGAAAAUGUAUAGAGAAUAGUAAGGAGAAUGUGUAUACUGAUGCUUGGGUGUAAAGGGUUGUUACAUGGUGUACCUACAAUACAGUGAUAAUCUGAUCUACUUGGGAGAGCUGCUUAGCAUGAAGUGUUAACCAAAGCACACAUAUAUGAGGAUUUGACCACCAGUCAGUUCCAUUGUUACUUUCAGGUGAACUACUUGUACCAACUGAGUGACAAACUUUUUUUUCUCUCUUCUUGUUAACUUUUAAUUUGCAGGAAAGAAACGACUCGUUCAAUUGGCUGAAAAUUGCAAGUAAGAGAAAAAUUCUGAUAUCUUUGGUUAGAUUGUAGAGGUUUGUGGAUUAAUGUACACAGAAUUUAAUAGAUAGGAAAGUUAAAAGUUUUUAGCGAUGAAAGCCAGGGGCGCCUGACAUAACAGAUUCGUGUUGCUCAACUAUAUUCUGAUUUGGACAAGGUGAUAGUGUUAGCAUCAUUAACAGUUUGCAUAUACAUGAAGUUUAGUGUAACUACAUUAUAGCCAAUUCUUUAAAAACGAUUAACCAUCAAGAAUAGAAAAAACAAAAGGCCUACCCCAUACAUACCAAUGAUGCGGAUGCAUCAAGCUUUUGCACGCACGUGCGAUAUUUUGACGCGCACAUUUCUUUUUUUAUUUGCACUUGCAUGCGACGUUUGGUGCGUAUUAUGUGCGUUUUUUGGUUAACGUAUAUCUUAGCGGUACUGUACUCACACCAUCUUUCCUCCUUUAGCUAAGCAAAGUUUGUAGAUUAAAAAAAUCGUGUUUAUCAUUAAUUGGAGUUAGUCUUUUGACGCGUUACCUUCCAAGAUCUGAUUCAUAUAUCUCCCUUAACAUGUAACCAUUACUGUUCAGGUACUUCCGACAGAGACUCAAGCAGAUGGGAUUUAUUGUGUACGGUCAUGAUGCCUCCCCAGUCGUCCCUCUUCUUCUCUACAUGCCAGCAAAAAUCGCGUAAGUGAGACGCUGAUUACACUAUCAGUACGAUAUCUAGCAGACAAGUGAUGAGAAUAAAGAAAAAUAUCAAUUUGGGGAUUAUUGGUCGAUACAAUUCCAAAUUCUCCAAACUAACAUCAUAUGAAUUGUAUAGUAGAUAGUAAGGAAAAUUUUUAAUGAGAUCUUGGGAAUGAAAGGGUUAAUAAAUGGAUUCCGUGUUCGGUUAUAUAUCACAGACUUACAACCCGACACUUAGCGUGUAGAGCAGGUGUGAGACUGCUGAAUAUUUUCUCGGUGAAAAUUACAGCUGGCCUCUUUGAUUUAAUUUAGGGUAGCGGAAGAAAGGGGGCGAGCGACGGUUCAAGGGAAAGGAGGGGGGGGUGGAGUAACUCUAAAUCAAACAUGGGUGGUCGGAUGAACGAUCGCGACCUCGUAGCACCCACGCUCUAAUAAGACGCUUGCAUUGCAGGCUACCCAAAACUUUGUUUUCUAGGUGUGGUUAACCUGUGGUUUCGCUCUGUCGUGUGCUAUAUUGCGCCAUGUCGAGGCUAUGUGAGAGAGGAAUACUGAUAGUUUCCUUUGCAUAAUUAUACAAAAAAAAUGUAUUUCUUUGUUUUUCUGUUUGUUCGUGUUGAAGCUAAUGCUUUUUUUCUUUUAGUGCAUUUGGCCGUGAAAUGCUGAAAAGGAACGUUGCUGUGGUUGUGGUUGGUUUUCCUGCCACCCCUCUCAUCGAAUCUCGCACCAGAUUCUGCCUGUCUGCCGCGCAUACCCGUGAAAUGCUGGACAAGGUGGGUGAGAGCUACUGUUGCUAUGGCAUCGAAUCUUCUAACAGAGGCACACUUUUCCUUGGGAACCCAUUGUGAUAAAAACAGCGUGACAAAGAAAAAACAACAACAAACAAACAAUAAGUACUCAGUAAUCAACACCCACUGGGUUCUGCAAUUUUAGAGAAGGAAAUAAAACUAAAGAACCCAGGAAAAAUAAAUUGGGAUAAAUCUUCUUGGAAUUAGGAAGAUAGUCAUCAAUAAUCUCGACUUCGUUCUGACGCAAAAUGUGGGAAAAAAAAUGAGCCCCUCUGGAUAUAGGAGUACUCAACAAUCUGUUACCAAGAUCAACACCAACAUCUGUUGCGGCGCGCUUAAGUCAAUUUUUUUUUUUUUUUUUUUUUUUCGGCGUUGACUCGCGUGAUGAAACUCGCCCGAAAAGGAUGGACCUCUUGUAGUCUACGUAUUCCUCGAUUCAAAUUGCAUUCGUGAGUUCUUUUGGUUUACAUGGAUGUAAAAAAAUCCUCUAUGCUACUUAUCAGUGUUUUCACGUGUAGUGUUAAUUUUUUCCUUUUUGUAAUAUUUUUUUAAUCAGGCUUUGGAAGCCAUCGAUGAAGUAGGUGACAUUCUUCAACUCAAAUACUCGAAACAGACACAGAAGAAAUAACUGGAGCUACAGAGGUCACAUAGAAACAAAACACUGUAACAUAGACAUGAAAUAACUGGUAUUAUUGUUUCUUUAAAAUAAUAAUAAUAUUUGAAUGUUACCCACACUGCAAUGGCCACAAAAGAGUAUGCUCUUUUUUUACUUGUGAGGCAAAGGUUUAGUUGCUGUGGUCGAGCUUCUCUAGGAAUUUUUUAAUUAAAUGCAAACCACACAAAAAUUUUCUUCAAAGUGCGAGAGACUGGGAACUAGGUGUCAGUGCAGUAAACUUUGAGGUCCUGUCAGAUCAGGCUUUGAUUGGCGAAAAGUUCUGCCCAACUAUCCUUGAGGUACUUGCUGGGUAUCUUAGCAAAGUGCUUGGCUUAUAUUUAUUGAAGGACUUUAUGUGCUAAUUUUUUCUUCCUUUUCCCCAUAAGUCUUACAAAUAAGUUCUUGCGAGAGGUUUCUGUUUUCUUUGCCUAGCCUCUUUUCUGCAUCGUUUCCGUUUCCGAACAUUUUGCAGUUCAUUAAGAGAAAUAAACCAAUUUUUAAUAUCUGUUUCCUACACACUAAAACAAUUAUGCAACUCGACUUUGGUGCAUAGUUGUUAAAAAUGGCCCAGUUAUUUACAAAUUUAUUUGAUAUCAGUUAAGGGAAGACUCAGCAUAUGGAUAUUGAUUUUUUUUUAGACAAUUUAUACUUUUGGUCUACUAUUAUUAUAAAAAAAUGAAGUGCUCUUUCAGAGCGUUCCCUGCUAUGUACAAACAAUAUCGAUAUCAGUUUAAGGAUGCCUCGGAACGCAGAUAUUAUUUCUACUUUUGGUGUAGAUAUAUUUAAUCCUAUCAUAAGAUCUUGGUUUUAUAUUUGCUUUUCUUAAAUGGGGAAGGGGUGUGAUAAAAACCACUUAGUAGAUAAAUAUGGACAGUACCGUUUGAAAGCUGAAUGCUUAAAGUUUUGAUUAAUGACAAUCGAAUGGGAAAAGAUGUAGUUGUGUUAGAAUAUAAGCUCUUUUAAAGCCAUCACUAACAGUAAUUGAAGACGGAGCUUUGUAAUUGAACAAUUUUUGUUAAUAGGGUUGAUAAACACAAGAAUGAAGUGAUGCUAGCAAUGGUGUAGAGAAGUCUUAAACAAUUGCCUCUGCAAUAAAAGCAAUUUGAAGAUGA